UUGUUUAUGAAUGUUAGCAGCGACUCAAAAUGGCUGCUCUAAUCCAGCAUGUUCAGAGAGCAUUGCUAAGACAAAAGUGGCUCUCCACCUACAGCUGCAGAAAUUAUAGCAAAAAGUUUUAUGACAAAAGGGAAGGAGUACCCAAUGAUUUCCUAGUGUGGCUCCAAAGGGAUUAUGACUGGAGUAUCAAUGGCAUAAGGAAAAUGUACAAGGCUGCAGAGUUUGAAAUGCAGAAGCGCUCUCAAAAAUACUUACCUGAACGGCAUGAGAUAUUAGGACCUGAUUUGGCCACGUCUCAUUUCAUUGUAAAGCGUGGUGGUGCUGUGAAGUUUGUGGACCGAGACACAUGGUUCAGGAUGGAGGAAGAUGGGAAAUACUACCUCCCUAACAGAAAGGUGGAGGGGAUGAAGCUGGAAGCAGUGGAUGCCUCCAAUACAAGUCUUAUGCACAUAGGAAUGGACAACUUUGUUAACCUGAGUGAGCUGAGAUACCUGAGUUUUAGCAACUGUCCGCAUGUAGAUGACUGGUGCAUGUCCCGACUCCACACAUUUAAACACAGUCUUGAGUUCCUGGACAUCAGUGGCUGUGAUCAGAUCACCGAGGAUGGCCUGGCUUGUCUUCAUCAUUUAGAAAAGUUGAAAGGUUUGAAGCUGAGCAAUCUCCCGAAUGUGAAGCACCUCCAGUUGAUGGUUUUACUCCUGGAGGAAUCUCUACCGGAGUGUAUGGUGUUUGGUGUGGACUUUACAGCAUCUGAUGCUGACCAUGGGGAUGUUCAAGAGGGGCAAGAUAGUGAACUAGACACACAAUCCAGAGAAGCUAUGAAGACAGAGUCUAUAGGAUCAACAAAGACUUGAUAAUUUCUCUCCCUAUCAACUGAAGAAUGUGUAAUAUAUGGCUGUGAAUUAUGAAUAUUGAAAUCAGUCCAGUGUCAGUUGGAACAACUUGGACACUAGCUGAAGACUGUCAGAUUGAAUGUCCAGUGUAUGUUAAGCAUGUACACUGCUCAUACUUUCAGCAUGGGACUGUUUUCUAAUCUGUUUAAGUGUUCCAUAUCAGUAUGUUCAUGUGACCAACCAACCAAUGAGUGAGUUGGGUUUAAUGCUGCUUUUAACAGUAUUCCAGUUACAUCGCGGCAUGUCAGCUUAAUGUGGAAGGAAAGCCCAAAGUGAUGCAGGUCUCGGGCGUUUGCCACUU